CAAUGGACGGGCCCGCUCUCUAGAAACCACUUGGAGUUUUUGGCGAUCUGGCCGGGAAUGAGGAUACGUGGGAUAAAAAUAGGAAAGCAAAACUAAGUUUUUAUGUUUUUUCAAGAUUAAAUAAAAUUCUUAUUACGCUCCAGAGAUGAUUCAGAGCCUAAAGACUUUUUAAACUCAGCAAACUUGGUCGAAGGAGAAGCAGCUGUGGCAACAAACUGAAAAAAUAAGAGAUGGGAUCCGCUUAUGAGGAAGAUGACGAUGACAGUGGUAACUUGGUCGCUACCCCCGUUCAUUCGAAAUACCAGUCUUCAACUGAAAAGGGAAUAAGGCAACUUUGCUCACAACUAUUACACAUGAAGGCAUCAUCUGCUGAAGAAUUGCAUUGUCAUGCUUCCUCAAAAUACUCAGCAUUUUUUAGAAUAGGUCAAGACAUUCUGGAUUUGGAGAAUGAGGUGAAGGAACUGAAAAGGCAUAUUUCCACUCAAGAAAACCUUGUUCAGGAACUAAGAAAUGGAGUUGGUCUGGAGGCAUUAAUAAAUGAAACAUGUAGUUUUAUAUCUCCUGAACCAGGAUACCCAGUUGAAGGCUCCUUGUUUAGUAUAUCAAACCCUGGCGAAGACCUUGCACCCAAUAAACUAGAAACCCAUAUAGAUAGCCUUUCUGAGGUUUUAGAUGUUCUUCUAACAGAGCAUAAAGUGGAUGAAGCUUUGGCUAUUUUAGAGGAAGAGGAGAAAGCUUUCACUGAAUUUGAGAAAACAGAAGGCCCUUCAUCACCAGUGUUUCUGCUAUAUCAAUCUACUUUGACAGAGUGGAAGGCAAUGCUUGCAAAACAAUUUACUGAAAUUGCCGAACAACCAGCAGUUCAGAGUUCUGAGCUGCGGAAAGCACUGUCUGGACUGGUCAGACUAGGUAAUGGUCCUUUGGCACUCACCCUCUUGUUACGCUCUUAUCAGAUACGACUCCAAAAUACUAUACAGAGUUUUCUUCCUUCCAGUGCAUUCUUUUCUGGAGCUUAUGCUACAACCAUUGCACAGCUGGUAUUUUCAACCAUUUCACAGGCAGCAAAGGAUUUUCGAGCAAUCUUCGAAGAUGUACCAGAAUAUACUCCAGAACUUGUCGACUGGGCUCAAAAGGAAACUGAGCAUUUUGUCAAGUUGGUUAAGCAACAUGUAUCCUUCUUAGAGACAGAAGCAGGUUUCCGUGCUGUGACAAUGUGUGUGGAGGCUUCGAUUUCACUCUGUUCAUUGUUGGAAAGGCAAGGCCUCAAAUUAUGUCCAUAUCUGUUGGAGCUCCUUCAGCCUUAUUUUGAAGGGGUUUUAGAAGCCUACAUAAAGCAGGUUGAGGAAAGUGUUGGUUCUUCUGCUGCAAGUGAUGAUUGGGUUCUUACUUCAUCAGUUACUCAUACCUGUCUAGACCACACACAACACAUACAAAAUGAUGCUCAAUUGGUAUAUGAAGUUAAGCUGACUGCUAGUGCGCACAGAUUUAUUUCAGCAGUUCAGGAUAUUGCAAAAUGCAUGACCCUGUUUGCAUGUGUGCACUUUGGAGGAAGCAUUUUGAAUGGGCUGACCUGUCUUUUCGAUAGCUAUAUAGACACAUGCAUUAGAGCUAUACCCUGCCCUUCUGAAGAUGAAAAUAACAUGGACUUCAGGGAUAACUCUAAUUUCAUUUGGGCAGAAACAGAGGCCCAACAGCUUGCCCUUUUGGGAAAUGCAUCAGCUCUUGCUGAUGAACUAAUUCCACUUUCCGUUUCAAAAACAUGGGAACAACAAACCGAAAUCCAAGAAGACCCAUCUAAGACAUCUCCAGGAACAUCAGAGCAGUUUGGGUCACUCCCAAAAGAAUUGAGGGAUUGGAGACGGCAGCUUCAGCGUGCUGUAGACAGACUUCGGGAUCAUUUCUGUCGGCAGUAUGUGCUUGGGCUUAUUUAUUCUAGAGAAGGCAGUGUGCAAUUGACCGGAAGUACAUACUUAAAUGGAAGGAGUGAGGAUCUAUACUGGGACCCUGAUGCAAUGCCAUCUUCAUCUUUCCAGGCAUUAUUCACGAAAUUAAACCAGCUAGUACAGCUUGCUGAAAUUGUGUUGGUUGGAAGAGACAAGGUGGUGAAGCAAUUACUUACAAGGCUCACCGAAACAGUUUUGAUAUGGUUGUCAAAUGAUCAGGACUUCUGGGAAGUGAUUGAAGAUAGUUCAACAUUAUUAACUGCUUAUGGUUUACAGCAAUUUAUUUUGGAUAUGCACUUUAUCAUUCAAAUUGCAAAAUCUGGUGGUUAUUGCUCUAGACAAAUGCAUCAAAGUGUCUCUUCUAUAAGAACACGUGCUAUUGAUGUAUUCUCGUCAAGAGGGAUAGAUGUUAACAGUGCCUUGCCAGAGGACGAAUGGUUUGUUGAGACUGCUGAGGCAGCUAUUUGCAAGCUUCGUACCAACUGGUCACAGAACAAUCUGGAAGGAGUGUCUCACAGAGAAAAUGAUAAAGAGUGUGAUGGAGAGCUUGUGACUACCAGCUUUUCUGGUGGAGAAAUGAUUAGAGAGGCUCAGGGAAAACCUACAGGAGAUUCUGAUGCAAUUUCCAACCUAAGAAGUAAUGCAGCACCCAACAGAGGAACUGAUUUAGUAAAUGAUGGAAUGCCUGCCAGUCCAUUGAGUUCUGUAUCUUCAGAUUCUUUUGCUUCAGCAGAAAUGGAAGAUGAUGGUAGUCUUCAGAAUUAUGUAGAAGCUGAAUCUUGAUAACAUCACAAAUUCAGUUUCAGGAGACGAGGUCAUGCCAAACCGUUAUGAAAUUUUAUGAGUCAGAAACUUCGCACAAAAGUACAGUACAUUUCAAGCAAUGUCUGAACAGCCUCGAUAUUUGACUUUCCAACUUCCAUUCAAGGGGUGAAUUAAGAUGCGAAACCUGACACCCAAAGUUUCCUUCAAUCAAAUGCAAAUUGUAUCCAUACUUGAAUCUUAUAUUUGGCGCCAUGUAGUUUGGCCAAUGAAAUGCGAUCUGUGACCAUCCUUUAUUCUCAUAAUUGGAAUGUAGUGGAAAGCAAUAGCAAUGGCUUGUCUAGGAGAACCAGCAUGUGAGAUAUUCAAGAAUGCAAACUUCUGGUUCACAGGUUACACUUCAAGUUUGUAGUUUUUAAAGGAAGCUAUGUCCAAUCAAUUAUCAAUACCUUGAUUUGUAACUCUCUGAACUUCCACUUUUAACAUAAAUAGUUUUCACUUCCAGUGGAACUUCAGAUUUAAAGGCUACAUUUGGUUGAACUGUACCUCUUCUGUAGCCGCCACAAAUGAUUGAUAAUAUUCUAAACCAGAAAGUUUGUAUGUAAUUUUAUGCACGAUGACUACCAAUUUUGUAUCCCUGGAGGAAGAGGAAGAUUCCAUGGCAACAGUUAAUAUAUGUAGCUAAAAAAGGAUUGCAAAAGCCACCCAAAGAGGUGGACGCUAAGAAAUACCCCUGGAUCUGAACGGUUUGUAUGAGGUAAAAUUUUCAAUUUGUGACUAGAUGUGAUAUGGUUUUGAUGCCCAUGAGAUUAUUUACUGUCCUCGAUUCUUGUCAA